UGUGGAAGCCUACAGGGCGACCACCAAAGAUUGACGAAUCCAAACCCGGCCGUUUAAGGGUUUUUGGCCAGUCCUGCACUCUGCUUAAAAGAAGGCUGUCUGUCGAGGCCUUUCUCAUUUUUGGGUUCGCCAGCUUGACCUCUCAGCCAAAGCCAAACAAAAAACAUCCAUUACGCAAAUCAACGACAAGCUCACAGCCCAACAACAUCAACAACAUCAACACCACCAAACAACCACCCACAGCAGCGAGCAAAAUGUACAUCCCGAGUUCACAACAAACGUCAGAGGCUGUCCGCCUCGUGGCGCGGCAGUACAACUACGGCAACGACCGCAGGCGAUACUUCCACCCGGGCGGAAUCUUUGGCCUCGUCGCCGCCGGUAUUUUCGUCCUCCUGCUGGCUCUCUUCUGCGUCAUGCGGAAACGGCGCAGCAGCAGGAGAGCCAUGGUGGCCGGCGGGACGGGCCCGGCGCACAAGUGGGGAGGAGGCUGGCACGCAAACAACAACAACAACCACAACAACAUGAAUGCCAACAAGCCCAACGGAGGAGGCUACUACAACCCGGGCUCGGCAGCGCCUCCGCCCUACGCCCCGCCCCAGCAGCAGGCCGGCGGGCCCACGCCCAUGGCGCCGGCCUUCACGGCGACGCACCACAACGGCCAGGGCCAGAACGCCGACUACUACGGCUCGACGCACCCGGCACCCGAGGUGACGGGCUUGAGCAACAAGAACAAUGGGAGGUGGUAAUUGAUGAUCGGAAACAAGAUUGUGGGGAGGUGAUGUGCUGAGGGGUGUCUAAGGGAAUUCUGGAUUUGCACACGACGUUUUUAUACCCAUCUGCUUCAUUUGGUAUUACACUGUAACGAUAACCAGCGACUUCAAUACUGCGACAUAACGCAGAAAUAGUAAACGAAUAAUCUUUACGGCACA